AUGCCCCUACGAUAUCCUCUCAGGCGCUCCCUCCUGCCGAGUCAGCAACCUUCCUUUGAGUCUUCGUACUUCUCGCGCAACGGCCCCGAGGCGAAGUUGCCGUCUCCCGCCAACGUCCGUGGACAGAAUGCGAUGCAGGACCCCGGUGCAAUACACGGAGACUACGGGUACAAGCCUGUUCGCUAUGAGAAUCUGGGCUUGAUUGUCAAGUUUGGGCGUGCUCCAGAGGUGACUCUCGCUGAGGGCCAGGGCAUCACACUUGAGCAACGGUGGAAAUAUCUGGGACGGGCUGAGAGGGUUGCGAUCUGCGAACAGCUUCGUGAUAUCAUUUUUGACUUCCGCUGGGUACAGCAUGCACCAGAUGAUUUCUUCCUUGGACAUAAUAACCGUGAACCACUUGGUGAUAUUAUAUUUACCAAAGCAAUAAAGACACGCAUCCGCCCGCUCUGGCUAGGCAAAGAGCUGUCUGAAAUUCCGGACCCUUACCGAAGUAGGCUGCCAGAUGAUGCAAAAGUUGUUUUUACGCACAGUGAUCUCCAUCCAAGCAAUAUAAUGGUUUCUGCGGACUCUAAUAAAAUCAUUGCGGUUAUUGACUGGCGGCAAUCGGGAUGA